AUGUAUAAAAACCAUGUUCUUAAAAUUAGGCUUAAUACAAUGAACAUCAAGUUGGCAGUUAUUAUGAAAGAAGCAAAUACACAAGAUAAUGAAUUCUUUAGCCCCCAAUCUUUGAAAAUUUCAGAUUCUUCUAUUUUGACAAAACAGAAAAACAAGGCAGAGAAAAGCAAGAGAGGUAGACCAAAAAUGCCAAUUUGGGAUGAUUAUAGUGAAGAUGAAGAUAAUGGUCAUGAAUAUUAUGAAGCCAAUUGUCAUUAUUGUGAUAAGGAAAGACCUGUUAACAUAUUAUCUUCUCAACAAUCUGCAGAUAUUACAAAAGCAUUGCUUAAAGUUUUUGUAUGCUGUGGAAUUCCUUUUGCAAUUAUUAACAAUCCUUAUUUUCAUGAUCUUUUAAAUCUUUUGCAAUCUAGUUAUGUACUACUACAUAACAAUACUCUUUCAGGACCAGUACUCAAUAGAGAAAUUGCACGAAUUGUUAUAAAAUGA